AUGUUCUUUUUCUUCUUUGCUCUGUCGGCCGUUUUAUCUUCAUCUGUUAACGCCAUCUAUCGUGACGGCUCCAUUUCUUCGGAGGAGACGUUACUCCAAGCUAGCUCAGUCGCUCCUUCUGUCACCAUAGGAGAAGGAUCUGGAGAAGAAUCCGAGACGCUGGCCGUAGAAUCGACCACUCGCAUCAUUUCCAGCACUGCGGAGCCUCUCGGUAUUAUAAAAUCCGAUAAAUUUUUUCGAAAAAACAUGAUUUUUCAGAAACUUCUACCGAUGGUGUUCUUGUUCUAGAGACAACCACCAUCGACGAGGAAGGUUUUCUGGGUUUCAAACGUCCCGACCUUGCCACCAUCUACCGCCGAAUUUUCCCCUUCCGUCACCUCCGCAACGGAUUCUGA